AUGGCGGCCUACAAUGCAAAUGGCGGCUCGCAAAGUCGUAGCAUUCUCAGCGCCUUGGCGGCCACGAAUAUGCUCGACACCCGGUCAAAGCUGCCCGCAGAAUUACUAGUGGCGGUGCUCGACUACCUGCCCGUCGCCGACCAGAUGCGAGUCGCUCGAACGUCCCGCCGCAUGCAGGAGAUGGUAUACGAAGAUGCCCGGUGGGUGUCUCGUCUGAAGAGCAUGGGGUGCUGGGACGAGCGGGAAGCGAGACAGCGGUUCGAGGAGGCGGUCCGUCGCCGUCGCGAGCAGGCUGCCGCGCAGGCCGCCGCGCAAAAAGACGCCAACAAGCAAGCCACCACCACCACCCUGUUCGAUGCCUCGACCGAAGAGCAGCGGCGUAAACGAGCCGUGUCGGAGCUGCGCGACGGCUUCGAGACCAUGACGGUUGGCGGGCCCGCCUCCAGCACCAGCCCAGAGGGGCAGGCCACCUACCUGGACGUGUUCAAAAACGCAAAGAGCAUCCGCGGAGGGGCCAGGCAAGAGUACGGCAAGAUUUACGGCGCGCUGGCGCCUUUUUACUUUGACAUUGUCAAAGCCAAGACGCACGCGGAGCCGAUUGUGUUUAAAGCGUUCAGAGACCCCGAGACGCAGGCGCAAAUGCUGGCGAACCUGCGCAAGUUUGCCAUGAGCGACUGGUCGGCUGGGUGCAUGGCGAGAGAAGCAAAGCUCACAUCCAUGAUGGCCAUCUUUGAAAAGGCAGUCGUGCGUGAGUUUGAGCAAGGGUACGAGUUUUGGGACGUGGACGGCAGAAUGCGCCGCUUCGGCCAUGUGCUGCAUGCCCUCAACGGAGCCAAGAGCGCCAUUGACAUUUUUAUCCAAAAGCACCCCAUCCUCAAUGACCGGGACAUGAACUUUAACCCCAUAGAGUGCAUCAAUCGCGGACAAGGGGCUGAUGACGUGUCUCUCACGCCGUCGCAGCAGUUUUUCGAAAGACUGCUUCUCAAAGUCAACGAGCAGGCCGACGUGAUUGCACGCAUCUUUCCCGACGCCGAGCAAGUGUUUUGGGAGCUUGUGGACAAGAUUCGCGAAGACAUCAUUGUCGAGUACACGACACCACUGUUUGACGAAGCCCACGAACGGUCCCUGGCCAUGUAUCUCAAGGCGGUGGCGGGUGUGUUUGAGCAGACUAUGCGCUUCUUCCGGGCACUGAAGCCGCCAGGCGCAACCGAGGAAAAAGUUGGCGAAAUGGCCAAGGUCAUGGUUCUGCGGGUGUUUGAGCCGCAUCUCGACUUGUAUCUCCAAGAGGAGCUAGAGUACUUUACCAAGCAGGCGGAGCAGUCCGUCUCGCAGUGGGAAAAGAAGCUCUCGGAGCAAGAUUCGUCGCUCGAGUCGUACUACAUGUCCAACAUUAACCGAUCGGCGGAGAAGAAGGAUUUCCUGAGCUCGUUUCGCAAAGUCGUCAUGAUGCCCGUCACGGCGCUCCCCGGCAUGGGCUUCUCCUCGGGCAGCGCCUCAGCCUCGGCCGCGGCCACGCCCAUGCCCUCGCGGCCCGAGACGCCGAGCCUCGGCCGCAGCAGUCCGGCGCCCCCCGGCGGCGUCAAGGCGCAGGCGCCGACGGACGAGCUCGCGGCCAAGGCGGCCAUCAUGGCGUCCAAGCUGGAAGGCAUCAAGUCGCUCUGCAGCAUCGAGGUGGCGCUGAGCCUCGUGCAGGCGGCCAAGACGAGCCUCGGCCGCGCCUCGCUGCUGAUUCCUCUCGGCGGACAGGUCGGCGGCGAGGCGCGCGAGCAGUGCUCGACCAUUUUCGUCGUGCUGCUGCGCAUCCUCGGCCAGCGGCACGUCAAGCACGGCUUCGACCUUGCCGUCGGGCACCUCUCGCACUAUAACCCUCGCAACGUGGGCCACAACAGCAGCGACGGCGGCGGCGGCGAUGAUGAUGAUGAAAAGACGGGCAGUGGCGGCCGCGGCGGCGGCAGUGGCAGCGGCGUGGCUCCGCUGGUGACGUUUAUCGAGCUCGUCAAUGUAGGCGACUUGAUUUCGCAAAUGAUUGACGUGUUUUACGAGCAGCAGCUGGCGACGCCACGCAUCGCGGACCGCAACGACUUUCUGGAUCCGGCCAACAUGGCCAAGAAGAAGUUUGAGCAGAUGCUGGACGAGUCGGUCGCGGCGGGGCUCAACAAGGGCAUCGACGCGCUCAUGGCCGAGGUUGAGCACCUGCAAGCGACGACGCAGCCGCCCACCGACUACAACCCGCUGCCAGUCGCGCCGACGGAAAAGACGGCGAGCGUGCUUGGCAGCGGCGGUGGUUUCGAUAUCGGCCCCACGGCCACGGCGACGCGCAUCGUGGCGCUCGUGUCGGGCCACACGCGCAUGCUCGCCGGCACCACCGACAAGUCGAUGCUCGACGUCUUCAACGCCGAGGUCGGCCAGCGCCUCUUUGCCGCCAUCUGCAAGCACCUCAAGCGGCAGCGCGUCAGCGUCGACGGCGCCGUCAAGCUCAUUGCCGACAUGAACCUGUACUCGGAGCACGUCCGCAGCGCGCUGCGCAUCCCGGACCUGCUGCCGUACUUUGGCGCCCUGCGCGAGCUCGGCCAGAUUUACCUCAUUGACGCGGCGCACGCCAAGGAAAUGGCGGCCGUGAUUGCGGACGGCGACCGCUUUGGCGGGGUGUUUCGCGCAGAGGAGGUGUAUGAGUAUGCGCAGCGCCGCGCGGACUGGUACCUGGUCAGGAAGAAUGUCGAGAGGGCCAUGUAUGGUAUGGAGUGCUGCGUCAUGUAA